UGAAAUGGAAGAAAAGUCCAGAUCAUGCAGUGGGUGUGACACAUGGUACUCAUUCUCAUUGUUUGUGCAUAUUGAACAAGUGGCACGACAGCGGGUUUGGGGAUUAAUGACUUUACUAAUAAAACCUAUAGGCAAAAGGGAACCCGUAAGUGCUCUUCUAAGAUAACAUUUCAGUUCUCUGCUUUGUUGAAUAUCACAUGCAAUUGCGGGAAAAAAACAAGUUGUGAGGGAGCACCUUCCUAGCUCCCAAGCAAACAAAAGGAGUCACCAUUAGCAAAAACAACACUAUCCAGAACAUAGGUGUGCAAGAAUCUUUUCAAAUUGAGUUGGAGAAUCAUAGAGGUGACUCAGACAUGAUAGAAGAAGAGGUUAUAGCUUGUGAUGUCUGUGGAGAUGUAGGACUAGAAAAGUUCCUUGCUAUAUGUAGCAAGUGUACCGAUGGGGCACAACACACUUAUUGUAUGCGUGAUAUACUGCACAAAGUUCCUGAUGGUUGGAUGUGUGAAGAGUGCACAAUGUCAGAAUGCAAAAAAUCUAAAAGUUUAGUAAAUUUUGAAUCUUCAAGUAAUUCAAAAUUAAAAUACUCAUAUGCUAGGAAAAGGCAAACAGGAGGAUCCAAAUGUUGUAAACUUGAUGCUGUUCAAAGAGUUAGAGAAUGCCAGAGUGAUAAUUUGGCAAACACACUAACAUCAAAUUCUCAAAAGCAAGAAAAUGGAGAUACUAUGAGGAGUUUGGCAUUGGAUCUCAAUGCUAAUCCUGAAGAUGGAAGCAACAUAGUUGAAGUUCAUGAAGUUGGUGAAUUUGAUGGUACAAGUUCUUCAUGUGAAAAAAUUUUUCUUGACGGAAAAGUGGCAACAACAGAGUCUGUUGUAGAUCUAAAUAUUCCAAUGUGGCCUAAAGGUGCAACACCAAAAGAGUGCCCCUCACUAUCUAUUGAGAAUGUGGGUGACAAACCUAUCAAUGAUGUGAAAGGCAAGAUGUCAAUGGAAGAAAAUAACAAUACUGACAAUGUUAAGUUGCAUGGCAAGCUUCUAAUGGAUGAGAAAAGUGAUGUUGAGAGACUUGGAUCCUCUAAACAACUCUCUUUUCCAUUUGUUCCACCUAUAAGUUAUAAAGAAACUCUAGACCAACUUGAUUGGCAAGUUGUGGAAGCUUUGAUCUCUCUUUCCAAAGGAGUGGGUAAAAUUUAGGCUUUCAAUGGUACUAUGUCAAUAGCUCUUGAACAUGUUGUGUACACUUGCUCACUGUGAUGUUUCUUUCUCUUUCUCUUUCUCUCUGUCUCUCUCUCUAUAGUACAUACUCCAUAGAACAUUCGACUAUAAGAUGGAGCAUGGCUUGUUUGUGACUUUGCGUUUCCUAUUUGUUUUGGUCCACAUGA